AUGUGUGAAGCGCUACAGUUGGCUGCUAUUGAUAGUUGUACUGAAGAUGUUGACAGGCAGCGCAUGUUACGCAAGGAAGUGUACGUCUCUUUCAAAGGCCUCGAAAAUCGUGUGAAUGAAACCCAAGCCGAGCUUCCCCGCGGUUCUGUUCCCCGAACAUUUGAUGUCAUCAUUCGUGGUGAAAUGGUUGAGUCUGUGCAGCCCGGAGAUCGCUGCAUGCUCACGGGUCUCAAGGCUGAAGCUGGUGGUGGAAAUCGCGGCCGUGCUUCGGAAAAGGACACAGGUCAAACUUGGGGUACUGCUCAUGCUGUUUGGAGGAGUGGCAAAGAAGAGCAGCACCGAAGGAACCACACUGCGUGGACUGUCGAGGAGUUCUGUCCACGCGCCAUUUACACGUCAGGCAAAGCUUCUUCUGCUGCUGGUUUGACAGCUGCUGUUGUCAAAGAUGAAGAAUCGUUCGAGUUUGUGAUCGAAGCAGGUGCUUUGAUGUUGGCUGACAAUGGGGUUUGCUGUAUUGAUGAGUUCGAUAAGAUGGACCUGAAAGAUCAGGUGGCUAUUCACGAGGCUAUGGAGCAACAAACUAUUAGUAUAACUAAAGCUGGUGUGAAAGCGACACUCAAUGCGCGAGCUUCUAUUCUGGCUGCCGCAAAUCCAGUAGGAGGCAGAUACGAUCGCUCACGUCCUUUGAAGCACAACGUUCAACUAUCAGCACCGAUUAUGAGCAGAUUCGAUCUGUUUUUCGUUCUGAUCGAUGAGUGUAACGAGGUAGUCGAUUACGCUGUAGCUCGUCGUAUUCUCGAUAACCAUCGCGCUAUUUCUAAUCAUUGCCCGCGCGAGACAAAGUAUUCUCUUGAGGAUAUUCAGAAAUAUAUAACAUUCGCAAAGUGCUUCAAGCCUCAGAUUAGCCCUGAAGCAGCCGAGGCAUUGGUUACGUCAUAUAAGCGUCUUCGCAUGAAUGACAGUAACAAUGCAGCAACGUCAUCGUGGAGAAUCACUGUGCGUCAGCUUGAAUCCCUCAUACGGCUCUCAGAAGCUUUGGCUCGUUUGCAUUGUGCUGCGCAGGUCAGUGUGGAACAUGUGAAUCAAGCUACGAAACUGCUGAGCAAGUCGAUAGUUGAUCAUGCUAAGCUGAAGAUCACAUUCGAAAAAUACAAACACCUUGCCGACAUGCUGGUACUCCAUAUGCGCUCCGAUGAGGAAGCGGUGGAUGAGGAAGACUAUGAAGGGGUACGGCAGGAUUCUCUGAUUGACUGGUACUUGGAAAUGAUCGAAGGUGAUUUGGAGACUGAGGAAGACCUGCAUAUUCAACGAACUAUCUGCCACCGAGUUAUUCGUAGACUUGUCACUGAAGAUCAUGUACUAAUUGAAAUGGAUUCCGACGAGAAAAACCCACUACUCUGCGUGCAUCCCAACUACGUCGUCACAGAUCAGUAG